AUGCGAUUUGGUAGAAAAGGCAAGCUUAGUCCUCGUUUCGAUGGAAUUUAUGAGAUUGUUAGGAGAAUUGGGAAGGUGGCUUAUGAGUUGAAGUUACCAUCUGAGAUGACCAUGGUGCAUCCUGUGUUUCACAUUUCGAUGUUGAGGUUGUAUAAACCUGAUCCUUAUCAUGUCUUGACUCAUGAAGAGAUUGAAAUCAAUAAAGGGUUGUCUUAUGAAGAAGAACCGGUACAGAUCUUGGAUCGACAAAUUAGGAGGUUGAGAACAAAAGAUAUAGCUUCAGUUAAAGUCCUGUGGCGAAACCAUAAUACCGAAGAAGCGACUUGGGAAGUGGAUGAGGACAUGAAGAAGAGAUACCCUCACUUGUUUCCUAUUCCAGGUAUGUAUUGA